CUAUAUCGCUGGUCGACGCCAUCUUGGUGGUAGCGCUACCAACAAUAAAAGUCUGUUCAGCAGAAACCGUAAACUGCUCGAAACUGUUGGGGGUGCAGCGCAAAGCGCUCGCUGAACGCUUUUCUCUGCUGAACGCAGCCUAUAUAAGCGGAAUCGGUGUAACGGCUGCUGAUUAAUCAUGGCAAACGUUUCUCUUGACAAAGAUAUGUUUUUUCGACGCAUGAAGCGUCUGUACGCCGCGUGGAAGGAUGGGGAAGUCGGCACGGAUGACAGUUUCGGUAAAAUGGAUUGUCUCGUCUCCGCUGUCGGCUCCGACGAAGACAUUGUCUACAGCAAGUCCAUAGCAUUGCAAACAUGGCUACUCAGCUAUGAACUUACGGAUACAAUAAUGAUUCUGGCAGAGGAGUCUAUUAAUUUCUUGGCUAGCAAGAAGAAGAUUGAAUUUCUGAGGAAAGUGGAAAAUCAUAAAACCGAAGAUACGGAAGUACCGCCUGUAAAGUUAUUUGUGAGAGAUAGAAGUGAUGAAGACAAAGCAAAUUUUGCAAAACUCAUUGAAGUAAUGAAACAAAGCAAAAAGGGCAAAACUUUGGGAGUGUUUUUGAAGGAGAAUUAUCCUGGUGCGUUUAUGGAUGCCUGGAGAGCUGCUUUAAAAAACGAAUCUUUUGAUACAAUUGAUGUAAGUGCUGCGGCUGCUUACGUUAUGUGUCCAAAAGAAGACAGCGAAAUAUUUACUAUAAAGAAAGCUUGUCUUGUAUCAGUAGACGUUUUUACAAAAUAUCUGAAAGAUCAGAUAAUGGAAAUUAUAGAUUCAGACAAGAAAGUUAAACAUUCAAAAUUGGCAGAAGGCGUAGACACAGCCAUCACAAAUAAGAAAUAUGUAUCUGGUGUAGAUGUUACACAAGUUGAUAUGUGUUAUCCUGCUAUUAUACAAAGCGGUGGAAAUUAUUCACUUAAAUUUAGUGCUGUUAGUGACAAAAAUACUACUCUUCACUUUGGAGUUAUUGUUUGUUCAUUGGGAGCACGUUAUAAAUCCUAUUGUUCAAAUAUAGUAAGAACUUUAUUGGUUAAUCCCACAAAGACUAUUGAGGAAAAUUACAAUUUUUUGUUACAACUUGAAGAGGAGAUUUUGAAAAAGUUAGUUGCAGGAACAAAAAUAAGUGAAGUUUACGAGGCUGGUAUUAAAUUUGUAAAAGAAGAGAAAUCAGAAAUGUUAAAUCAUUUGACCAAGAAUUUUGGAUUUGCUAUGGGUAUUGAAUUUAAAGAAAGUUCUUUACUCUUAGGCCCAAAGACUAAUGCAAUAGCAAAGAAGGGCAUGGUAUUCAAUGUUAAUGUUGGUCUUGCAAAUCUUACCAAUCCAGAUGCAACAGACAAAGAAGGGAAAAUAUAUGCCCUUUUUAUAGGCGAUACAGUUCUGGUGAAUGAAGGACAGCCUGCUACUAAUUUAACUCCAUCAAAAAAGAAAGUGAAAAAUAUAGGCAUAUAUGUAAAAGAUGAAGAAGAUGAAGAGGAAGAGGGAAGUGGAAAAGAAAAUGAGCCAAAGCCAGAAAUCUUAGGACGUGGAAAAAGAACAGCUGUAAUAGAAUCUAAAUUGAGAACAGAACACAGUUCAGAAGAGAAGAGAAAGCAACAUCAGAAAGAAUUAGCUCAGCAAUUGAACGAAGUUGCUAAGGCGCGAUUGGCCCAACAAUCUGGCGGCAAAGAACAAGAGAAAAUACGUAAAUCCACAGUAUCAUACAAAAGUUUGAGCCACAUGCCACGUGAACCAGAGGUUAAAGAGUUAAAGUUAUAUGUGGAUAAGAAAUAUGAGACCGUGAUUUUACCUAUUUCUGGUAUUCCAGUACCCUUCCACAUAUCGACAAUUAAAAACAUUUCACAGUCGGUAGAGGGAGAUUAUACGUAUCUUAGAAUAAAUUUUUUUCAUCCUGGUGCAACAAUGGGGCGAAACGAAGGUGGAUCUUACCCUCAGCCUGAUGCAACAUUUGUUAAAGAAGUAACAUAUCGAAGUACAAAUACCAAAGAGCCCGGUGAGAUCUCCGCACCGUCGUCAAAUUUAAAUACAGCCUUUAGGCUAAUUAAAGAGGUUCAAAAGAAGUUCAAGAAUCGAGAAGCAGAAGAAAGAGAGAAGGAGGAUCUUGUAAAACAGGAUACCUUAGUAUUGUCGCAAAAUAAAGGCAAUCCAAAGUUAAAAGAUCUAUACAUUCGACCAAAUAUUGUUACAAAGAGAAUGACGGGUGGUUUAGAAGCGCACACAAAUGGAUUUCGAUACACUUCGGUCCGCGGUGAUAAAGUAGACAUUCUUUAUAAUAACAUUAAAAACGCCUUCUUCCAGCCAUGUGAUGGUGAAAUGAUUAUACUGCUUCAUUUCCACUUAAAACAUGCUAUUAUGUUUGGUAAAAAGAAACAUGUAGAUGUACAAUUUUACACCGAAGUUGGAGAAAUUACUACAGAUUUAGGUAAACAUCAACAUAUGCAUGAUCGCGAUGAUCUUGCUGCUGAACAAUCGGAACGAGAAUUGAGACAUAAAUUAAAAACUGCUUUUAGGAGUUUCUGUGAAAAGGUUGAAGGAAUGACAAAGCAAGAAAUUGAAUUUGAUACUCCAUUUCGGGACUUGGGCUUUCCUGGUGCACCAUAUAGAAGCACUGUCUUGCUUCAACCAACUAGCGGAUGUUUGGUUAAUCUCACAGAAUGGCCUCCAUUUGUUAUUACAUUGGAAGAUGUUGAAUUGGUUCAUUUUGAAAGAGUACAAUUCCAUUUGAAGAACUUUGACAUGAUUUUUGUCUUCAAAGAUUAUCACAGAAAGGUAGCGAUGGUAAAUGCCAUUCCUAUGAAUAUGUUGGAUCAUGUCAAGGAAUGGUUAAAUUCAUGUGAUAUUCGAUAUUCGGAAGGUGUUCAAUCUUUAAAUUGGACAAAGAUUAUGAAGACUAUAACAGAUGAUCCUGAAGGAUUCUUUGAAAGUGGAGGCUGGACCUUCUUAGAUCCUGAAAGUGAUGCAGAAAAUGAAGAAGUUGAAGAUGAAGAGGAGGAAGAAGAUGAUGCAUACGAGCCAUCUGAUAUGGAGAGUGAGGAAGAAUCUGAUGAUGAUAGUGAAUACUCUGAAGCUUCCGAAGAUAUUGACAGUGAAGAAGAAUUAGGCAGUUCUGAAGAAUCGGGUAAAGAUUGGUCAGAUUUGGAACGAGAAGCGGCUGAAGAGGACAAGGAGAGAGGAGAUGGUUAUCGUGAUGAUUAUAGUUCCAGCAAGAAGAAGAAAUCAAAUCGAAGACAAUCUCCAUCUCCUUCAAAAGACAGGCAUAAGCACAAGAGUUCCGCGAAUUCAAAGAGCAAAAGUUCGUCCAGUAGUAAGGAUAAGCGAUCACCAGACAAACAUAGAACGGAUCGAUCACGGAGUGGGGGCUCGCACAAGAAGGGGUCUCCUUCCAAAUCAUCCAAACACAGCCCCAAGAAGAAUGACAAACAUGAUAAGCGCGAUAAAAGUAAGUCGUCGCAUUCUUCAUCCAACAGUAAAAAACGCUUGCGUGAAGAAAGUUCGGAAAGAAAUGAUAGGUCGUCUAAGAAAUCUAGAAAGUAAAUGCAAAGGAUCUGCGCACUGAAAAGGAAGCACUCAGAAAAUCACAACAAAAACCAUGCUGAUUCUAAGUAAAUCUUUCUUACUUAAGAUAUAGCAAUUGAUCCAUAAAAAUAGUACAUUUUCUUGCAUUGAAUGAGCAGGAGCGAAUUAAUUAUUUAUGGCGUUGUAUUUUUUUCUUUCUGACUUCUCGAAUAUUUAACUUUUCAUAUAUUUAGUUUGUUAUACGCAAUAAAUUCAUACAUCGAUCUUAACAGUGAUGGAUAUAUCCUUCAAUCACGUUUUAAAUGUACAUAAAAAAAACUUUUUAUAUGAAAAUAUGUUGGAAUGCAUAUAUAUUAGAUUUCAGAUCUGUUUCUUAAGUACCGAGUAAAAUACCGAGAAAGGUACCGAAGAGAGAACUUCACUACUUUUUUCUUUUUCUAUUUUAUAAUUUUUGUGUUUUUGGUAAUUAAUGUAGUUUUUAAGAUUAAGUAUAUAUAUCUCAUUCCAUUCCUCAUUUGAUACUGUAAGGGUCACUAUAAAAAUAUACAUCCGUUUUAAUAAGUUUUCAACAACGCAUAUAGUGUAUAUAGAUAAUGAAUUAAUGGAAUAAAUUAAAAAUAUCCCUUUUUUCCAAGAGGCAUUAUCUUAAAAUCUUACCCUCUAUCUCGUAAUAUUUUCGAAUCAAUGAAAGAUAUAUCUAAAUUUCGUAUCUAUUGGUAAGAAAUAUGAUGUAAUAAAGUAACAUUAACACAAGCAUUUCUAAUAUAUAGCGAGCUAUAUAAAGAAAAUAAUGAUAGAAAUGCAAGACAAUGUACUAGACAGGCAAAUGUAAACAUGGCAAAUACGAUUCAUCAUACAAUGUUGAUCCCGAUAGUGAAUUUUUCUUGGCUAUUUAUUUAUCUGUUUUGAUUAUUUAAAGAGUUGGAAAUAUACUUGCAAUUUCUCUCAUCAUGCAUUAUGUGUAUGCUGAAAAAAUGAAAGGCUUAUUGAUUCGAAGAAAUGAAUUGAAUGUUAUCCAAAACUCAUUUACGCGCCUAGUUCUCAGAGAUUUGUACACUUAACGUCUGAAAUAACAUUGCUCUUAAGUUAUUUAUCAUUAAUGUACAAAUGUCAUUUGUGGUUUUUAUAUUCCAAAAUGUAUGUAAUGUUGAUACAUGAAAAUGAUUGUUUUUAUUAAAACGCCCUACUUACGUGAGAGAAAUUCAUCACUAUAUUAUAUAAUAGUAUUAUUAUAUAGAUUAUUAGAUAUAUACAUGAUUUUUUAGUACAAUGUAUGUGUGAGAGAUUACAGAGAAAAUGAGACAGGACACAUCAUCUCUAAGGUAACUAUUUUUUUAUUAAACUUUUGUAACACAGCGUAAGGUGAUUGAACUGUAUAUUGUUAUAUAACGACUUCUCUGAUAGAUUUACCUCAUUCACACGCACGAACGGCUGUAUAUAUAAAAGAAAGUGAAAGUUCUACAAAAAUAAAUAUAAAUCGGCACUUUCCGUUCAGUAUGGAUAUGUAUUAUAAUAAGAGACAAUAAAAUUAGCACAGAACAAAAAAAUGAAAAAUACGAUCUCAUAAUCCUAUCGUGCCUUGAUUAGAUUGAAAUUCCUGUGACAUGUGCAAUAAACGACAGAUAGAAGAUAGAAGAGUUAUUCAGUGAGUGAUGACGAAUACAAGAAGUGAAAGUACGCUUCUUUAACGAGUAUUGCAACUUUCUCUACGACAUAUAUCAUUAGUGUAGCUAUACAUAAUUCAAACUAAGCGAUCUUUACGAGAAUACGUGAUUAUUUUAGCGAUGUGCAAACUGUGCGUUUCGAGGUAUGCCAAUUUCAAUGCAAAAUAGGAUUUUAAAGUUUUUAUCUACAUAUUAAUGGAAUUGUUAUAAAAUACAUUUUAGUAUUUAUAUUUCUCUCCAUCCGCGCAUUAUUAAUGCCAUCAAUAAGUUAUUAUCUCUUCAUGAACUAGCGUAAUCGCGGCAGGUGAUGUCAGAUAUCCUUACGAGCUGUUUUCCUUAUAUAUUUAUUUACGAAAAGUAAAAAAAUUCUACAUAUCAAAAGAAAAUUUUACGACAUACAAAAGCAAAGUACAAAAACGGUAUGUUCAUAAAUAUUUUUACAAGUACGAAGAAUAGGAGAUAGAACAUGAUUAUUUUUUACACGACGAUGACGAUGACGACGAUUGUAGGAAUCUAAUUUCGACCUAUUUGAUCGAUUUGGGUCUGAAGAUUGUUCACCACUUCGGGUGGCACAUGUUCG